AUAAAAUUGGAGAUAGCAAUCAAAUCCUAAAAUGAACAACCAUGAUAAGGUUGACAUCGAAAUCAUUGGGAACCGAGCGCUAGUGUUUGAUUUACAAGAUGUGAAAAAGUUGAGAGAGUGGAAUAUUGCUGGGGUUUUAUCGGGCACACUAGCAGUUGCUCCACAACAAAAUAUUUUUCUAGGGUUGCCUUUGCAAUUGACAAUUGAAGAGGUAUUAUAUUUGGUUGCUAGCAAGAGAUGUUAUUUAGUGAUUGAUAAGUUACUAUUCAGGAAUCUAAUUGCUUCAUACACUAACAACGUUGAGUUGUUGGAGAUGAUAUUGAAACAAAGAUUGGAAGAUUUUUUGGAAGGGAUUAAGAGACGAAAAUUGAAAAUCGAGAAAAUUCAAAAAUUAAAGAGAAAGAAGCCUCAUGCUGAACCAAUUAAUCUUGACGAUAUAAAUUCUUUUGAAAACCAGCCCUUUUACAAUGAAACAGAUUUCUAUCUGGCAAUUGAUGUAAAUGAUAUUAACCUAAUCUUUUAUAAAAAUGAGAUCAAUUCAAAAAAAUUACCAAAUUACGAUACAAUUAUGGAAAACCUUCGAAUUCGAGAUCAAAGUAUUCAAAAGGUGAUAUUAUUUCGAUUAGUUAAAAAUUACAUUUAUACUAAAUUACAAAUUGGUAAGAAAGUGGAUGAAUAUGAGAUCACCAAAAGACUAAGUAAUUUUUGUAUCUAUGAUUCAAUAACAGAAAAUUCAAAUUAUGAAAUCAAAUAUGAUUUUUCUAAAUUUGAAGAAUAUUUAAAUGAUUUGCAAAUGACAUUUUCGUUUUACAAUAAGAUAAUAUUACAAAAACAAUAUUUUUUAUCACCUGGAUUAAGAUUUGGAGGGAAAUUUGUUGGAUAUCCAUCAGAUCCCUUAAGGUAUCACUCUCAUUUAAUUAUGAAUUUUUUCGAAUACUAUAAUGAAGAUAUUGGAAUGUUGAAUAUUGUGAAUGGUGGCAGGCUUGCUACUGGCGUUAAAAAAUUAUGGGUGUGUAUUGGGAAUAAAAAUAAGAAAUCAGCCAGUAUAAAUGAUAUAAAUAAUAUGGAAGAAAAGAUAACAAAAACUGAAGAGGAAAUUGACAAGGAUAUCAAUUCAUUUGUAGAAGAUGUUUUUGAAUCAAAGGAUGAAGAAGAUAAAAAUAUUGUUGGAUUUUCUAUUGAAUGGGCAGGGUUUGGUUAGGAUUAAUUGUUAAUAUACACUUGGAUGAUUUAAAGGCGAUUGAGGGGGUCUAAGAAGUAUAUAUAAAAUUUAAAUAUGAUUGUAAUUUAUAAUUUCGAUACAAAAUAUAGGAAUUUAUUAAAUUGAAUAAGCA